AUGAGAGCCUUCAAAUUAGUGCAAUGGGGCGAACCGGGACAAUACGUCGACGUGCCUAGGCCCGAGCCGGGCCCCGGAGAUGUCCUAAUUCGUAUGAAAGCCGCCGGCCUGUGCCGUUCCGACCUAGACAUGGUAGACAGCCAGCCCGGGUCGGCGCCAUACGCAAACUCUCUCGACCCGGGCUAUAUCCUGGGACACGAGAAUGCCGGCUUCGUGGAAGAGGUUGGCAGUGCCGUGACGGACUUGCGGUUUGGCGAAGCUGUUGUCGUUCAUCACAUGCGACAUUGCGGAAACUGCGAGUACUGCACGGAUGGCGCUGAGCAGCAUUGCGAAGCGUUUAAGCGCAACGCGAUUGCGAUGACGCGCGGAUGCGGCAUGGAUGGUGGGCUGGCUGAGUUUUUAUUGGUGCCGCGCAUCGAAGUCAUCUCUAUUGGUGACGAAGACCCUGUUCUGUACGCACCGCUCACCGAUGCUGGAGUGACGGCUUAUCACGCCGUCCAAACCGUCAUCCAACGCCUGAAGCCCGGUACAAGUGUCGCAAUCAUAGGCAUCGGAGGACUUGGCACAUAUGCAGUGCAGUUCGUUAACCUUCUGUCAUCGGCGCGCAUUUUUGCUAUCGAUAAUAUUGAGGCACGGCUUCGCACCGCUAUUGAAGUAGGUGCCGAUGAAGCAGUGGUUUUCACAGGCAACGGAACGUCAGCAGUGGAGUAUAUUAUGUCCCGAACAAGCGGCCGUGGGGUUGACGCUAUUAUUGACUUUGUGGGAAGCGCCGAUACUCUUCGACUUGCCGCCAAGAUCUCUCGCCCGCGGGGCCGCAUUGUUCUCGUUGGAAUGCAUGGUGGCACAUUGGAAGUGGGAUGGGGUUUAUUAGCUACCAGCUGCGAGUUUGCCAUCAGCUUGGGGAGUACACGGCAGGAUCUAAAGGAGGUGUGCGAGCUAGCAAGGUCAGGAAAACUUAGGAUUGACAUUGAGAAGUUUUCCUUUGACGAGCUGGGGAAGGCCUACAACGCUUUAAGGGCGGGAACACUGGCCGGAAGGGCGGUUGUGGUAUUUCCAUAG